AUGAAGUACUUGGCAGCUUACUUGUUGAUCGCUCAAGGUGGUGUUGAAUCUCCAUCCGCUACUGAAAUCAAGAACGUUCUUGAAGCCGUUGGUGUUGAAGCUGAAGACUCUAAGAUUCAAGCUUUGUUGACCUCUUUGGAAGGUAAGACCAUCCAAGAAUUGGUUGCUGAAGGUCAAACCAAGUUGGCUUCUGUCCCAGCUGGUGGUGCCUCUGGUGCUGCUGCUGCUUCUGGUGCUGCUGGCGCUUCUGCUGAAGAAGAAAAGGAAGAAGAAAAGGAAGAAGAAAAGGAAGAAUCUGACGAUGACAUGGGUUUCGGUCUAUUCGAUUAA